CCGCCGCCGCCGCCGCCGCCGCCGCGGCUGCUGCAGCCUCUGGGAGCCUGGAAAAGGGGAAGCGAGGGCGAGGGAGGGACUCAGUCCCCAGCAAGGCGGCGGCGGGGGUGGCGGCUGAGAAGGCGGCAGGAGGGCAGAGGGAGGCAGCGGCAGGGGCGCUGCUGCUGCUGGUGUUGCUGCUGCUGGUGCUGCUGCUAGAGGUGGCGGUGGCGGAGGAGGAGGAGGAAGAGGCGGCGGCGGCGGCGCAGGAGGAGGCGGCAGGGGCGGGCGGCCCGCACCAGCCAUGCCGAAUAAAAACAAGAAGGAGAAAGAACCACCAAAAUCAGCAAAAAGUGGAAAAAGUACAAAAGAAGGACAAGAUACUGUAGAACCGGAGAUUUCUAACAAGAAAAACAGCAUUAUUCUUCCCCAGUCUUCAGUGUCUAAAAUAAAACUACCUACUGCACAAACUAUAGUGAAGAAAGAAAAGCGCCUAAGUAUUUCAAGGUUUAAUGCUAGCAAUAACAGAGAACUACAAAAACUACCAGCUUUAAAAGAUGUACCUCCUGCUGAUCAAGAGAAGCUUUUUAUCCAGAAGUUACGUCAAUGUUGUGUCCUCUUUGACUUUGUUUCUGAUCCACUAAGUGACCUAAAGUGGAAGGAAGUAAAACGAGCUGCUUUAAGUGAAAUGGUAGAAUAUAUCACACACAAUCGAAAUGUGAUCACAGAGCCUAUUUACCCUGAAGUAGUACAUAUGUUUGCAGUUAACAUGUUUCGAACAUUACCACCGUCAUCCAAUCCCACGGGAGCAGAAUUUGAUCCAGAGGAAGAUGAGCCAACACUAGAAGCAGCCUGGCCUCAUUUACAGCUUGUUUAUGAAUUUUUCUUAAGAUUUUUAGAAUCUCCAGAUUUCCAACCUAAUAUAGCAAAAAAAUAUAUUGAUCAGAAGUUUGUGUUGCAGCUUUUAGAGCUGUUUGACAGUGAAGAUCCUCGAGAAAGAGAUUUUCUUAAAACUACCCUUCACAGAAUCUAUGGGAAAUUCUUAGGCUUAAGAGCUUACAUCAGGAAACAGAUUAAUAAUAUAUUUUAUAGGUUUAUUUAUGAAACAGAGCAUCACAACGGCAUAGCAGAAUUACUGGAAAUAUUGGGAAGCAUAAUUAAUGGAUUUGCCUUACCAUUAAAAGAAGAGCACAAGAUUUUCUUAUUGAAGGUGUUAUUACCUUUGCACAAAGUGAAAUCACUGAGUGUCUACCAUCCUCAGCUGGCAUACUGUGUAGUUCAAUUUUUAGAAAAGGACAGCACACUUACUGAACCAGUGGUGAUGGCACUUCUCAAAUACUGGCCAAAGACUCACAGCCCAAAAGAAGUCAUGUUCUUAAAUGAAUUAGAGGAGAUUUUAGAUGUUAUUGAACCAUCUGAAUUUGUAAAGGUCAUGGAACCUCUUUUCAGACAACUAGCCAAAUGUGUUUCCAGCCCACAUUUCCAGGUGGCAGAGCGGGCACUCUAUUACUGGAAUAAUGAAUAUAUUAUGAGUUUAAUCAGUGACAAUGCAGCAAAGAUUCUGCCCAUCAUGUUUCCAUCUUUGUAUCGUAAUUCAAAGACUCAUUGGAAUAAAACAAUACAUGGUUUGAUAUACAACGCAUUGAAACUCUUCAUGGAGAUGAACCAAAAACUGUUUGAUGACUGCACACAGCAAUUUAAAGCAGAGAAAAUGAAAGAGAAGCUAAAAAUGAAGGAACGAGAAGAAGCAUGGGUUAAAAUAGAAAAUCUAGCCAAAUCAAAUCCCCAGGUACUGAAAAAAAGAGUAACAUGAAAACAUUUGAUGUUUUGUUAAUUUCAUUAUAAGAUCAGGUAUUUGAUAUCAUCUUAGAGGUGGGGAAAGAAACCAGUUCUACUAAUAAUGUAUAUGCACUAUCUGCAAUAAAAAAUACUU